ACUACAUGACUCAAUACGUCAGCUAGCUAGCUAGUAGCUAGUUGUUUUUUUUGCUUACAUACUGGCAUGGCAAAUUAGCUAGCCAGUUUAUGAUUUUUGGACAUUUAGUGCAAAGUGUUAUCUCUAGAUUUUAGUCUGUACAGUGUAGCGUGCUGUCGUCAGUAUUUUUAAAGCGGUAAUGCACCCCAUAGCCAGCCCGAAGCUGAUGACACUACAGGUGGCGGCUUCUAUCAGCACUGCCGGGGACUUCUCGCUGGGUUGCUCGGGUUACACUGGCGCACAGUUGGGCCGAGGCAGCUAUGGAGCUCUCGGCCGCAGUCAUCGUCCGGGGUUUAGUAUACCAAGAGGAAGGCUGGCCGGAGUCAAGCCGAGUCAUGUCCACACACCUAGGAGAAAAUGCCCUCUGAACGACUCCAGGGACGGGAAGGAUUCCAACUGGAAUGUGGAGGGGUCUACUUCCUCUUUCCUGGGCAGAGAGGUGUCUCCUUUGUCCCAACUUGACUCCUCAGAUAAUAACUACCCUGAGAAAGACCUCUGUGGGAGACACUUUCUGUUUGAUAAUAAAUGGAAGAAUGACAGCAGGAUGUAUCCCAAGUAUGAUUUCAGAGAUGAGCGUCCCCUGAAGCCCAGCGGCUCCAUCCCUCCCCUGCCCAGAGAAUACCAGACCCACCGGUCGGGCCAACUCCACCACUAUACCCUCCGCAAGAAGCUUUCCCACGCCCCUGCUCGCCCCUGUGCCUUUGGCUCUUAUGAGGCGUAUGACCUGAAGUCAUUUCCUGCCAUCCUGUUGCCAGCUGCAGCCUCGCUCAAUGGAAGAAACCCCUUCUCAACAGAAGGCUACAAGAACAGACCCGGAGUAAAUAACAGAACCUGCAGUCUAUUCACAAUAGGAGCUAAUCAGAAAUCCCAGUUAUACCCAGACCCAUUCAGUGGAGCCCCGUCAGCCUCAAUCAUCCAGAGACUGUCUGAGAUCGCUUCCCUGGAGGUAGAAACGGUCAGGCAGGAGAAGAUCAAGAAGAUUAAGAAGAGCAGGAGACAGGACUCCUGACACAACCUGCCUAUCAGCCAAUCAGAGAGCAGAACUCAGGGGUUAAAGGCCGUGACCCCAUACGCAGUGCCAAUGCCACCUGAACAAAAUAAAACAUUUUAGCGAAAUAUAAACGUUUCUCUUGUUUUGAAAAAAUCUAACUUUGUAAAAACUUGUUGGUGCUAUGUACUACCACGGUGUUAUUCAAUAUUUUGAUUUAUGUGGAAGUUUUAUCCAUCCUUAAAGUCCUUAGGAGUUAUCCAGAGGUCAUCAAUUCUGUGAUAAAAUGUACUCUUGUAUUUCUCUCUAACUGUAUUACAGAGGAAUAUUUGAAAUGAUGCUGUUACAAUGUUUGAAUUGUGUCUUUGUGACCAGAAGGAAGGCCUUGGCUGCUGGACCAAUACAAAAUGACAAUGUUCAGCUCACACUAACUGCUGACAUGACUGUAUCCUGUCAUCAUGGGAUUCAAUGUUUUAUCAUUGUUCCAUAAAAUGAACAAAUCCCAAAUAUGGACACUGUUGGAAUGAAAUAUAGGUUUGAAACAUUCCAGGCUGGAUUCAAUCCGUAUCGCAGAAGUAUCUGGGAAGAUCUGUGUUCAAAUGUAAUGUACUUUACGAUUGAGGCAAUGAUGGACUGUCGUUUCUCUUUGCUUAUUUGAGCUGUUCUUGCCAUAAUAUGGACCUGGUAUUUUACCAAA